GCGGAGCCGCGGAGUGCGUUCUGCCGUAAUGUUGUUUUGUUGUGGCCGUCAGCUGAAUGCGGAGCCGCCGUCCUCUCUGACACCGCGCCGGGAAGCCCCCUGACCCCCCCCCCCCCCCACCCUCGCCCCCCUUCGUCCCUCCCUCCCUCCCCAGGACCCGCGGGGGCAAGGAGAGAGCGGCUCCAUCCGGCGCAUCGCAAUCCAGGAAAUGCGGACCGCUGGCCCGUUCCCCACCGGAUAAAUGGCCGCAGCGCUCGUACAGUAGCAAGCAGCACACCCACUCAAGCAGUCAUAUCCGCUCUGGCUCUCCAUGCUUGUCUCACAGAGCCUGUGAAGCGUCUCUGAGGGGGAAGACCAGACUGCUCUGUCAGAACUGUUCAGAGGUUCACCCAUCUAUGCGAUCAAGGACCAGCAAAGGAGAUGCAGAGAAGAUAUUGAACGGGCUGUUAGGAUGGCUACAGCUGGGCAGAAGAAGAGCAGCUGUAUACCAAGACAUGAUCUAUGUUUACCUACGUCAGUGCUGCUUCAGGGCACGUUUUAACAAUGCCUCACUUGGUCUUCUUGAAUAACUUCAGGCCCACGCUGAUAGAGGCACUUUGGUGUGAUUUUCAAUCACCGUCCAGAACCCCUUGUCUAUGACCUCCCUGGUGCCAUGUGGUUAGCCCCAUGAGACUCCAAGAGCCCGUGCGUGUCUGUCUGUGAGGCUUCCUCCUCACUCUAUGGAGGCUGGGCCCAGCCAUCCGGCUGAUGGGGAUCGCUCUGGAAGACAAGAGCAGCAGCAUGUGACAGCGAAUCCUGCUUUUGGGUCUUGUCCACAGCCCCAGCAGCCUUCUAAUCCUCGUCCAGUACACAGAGCUUUGGGUCGACUGCAAAACCGCCAACCCAAACGUGCUGAUCUUCUUCGGUUACAACAGCAAGCAGUAGCAUGGCAGCAUACGGAAACCCCAGGUCCUUCAGGAGGCAGCUUUUUCUCUCCAGGUGCCGCAUCAACCUCAUCUCAUCAGUCUUCGUCCUCCACCCAGGUUGACCAUGGCCACAAGAUUUCAUCUCAGUCAAGCCAAGACACAAAAGAAGGGGUUAGCUCUCCAAGGAAAGGAGAGAAGAAACCCCAAAAACCAGGGAAAUAUGUGUGCACUUACUGUGGCCGUCCAUGUGCCAAGCCAAGUGUUCUUCAGAAACACAUUCGCUCCCAUACAGGAGAAAGACCUUAUCCUUGUGCCCCCUGUGGCUUUUCCUUCAAGACAAAGAGUAACCUGUACAAACACCGAAAGUCCCAUGCCCACCGCAUUAAGGCAGGCCUUGCAUCCAGUCGCGAUGAGCCCAGUUUGAGUGGGCCAGAGGGAAGUGGUAUUGGCGAAGACGUUGAGGAGCAUACUGAGGGAGAAAGCACAGAGUCCGAAGAUGAGACAGGCCACCACAAAAAAUCUAAGGAGAUCUUGGCCCGACAGAAAAAAAGUGGUAAGGAGCUUCCAGGAGGAUCAGAGGAGAGUCAGAGACCUGAAGAUACUCAGGCUGUCAAGCAACGGCUUGCACUGAGGCUUAGUGAAAGAAAACGUGGCCCAAUGGCUUCACCUAAUGAUCCUCCUUCGUCCCUCUCAACAUCAUCUUCUUCUCUUGGCCCUGGCAGUAAAGGCAGCACAGAGUCUGGUUACUUUUCUGGGUCAGGGAGCACUGACCUGUCCCAGGUUAGUCCUCCUAGUGCGAGUGCCAAAACCUACGCAGAAAUCAUUCUUGGGAAAUAUGGAAGGUUGGGAGGGCAGCAGCGUAGUCCACAUCCGCAGCAUUCUCAGCCUCCCAUUUCCUCACUUUCUGGAACAGAGGAUAAGAGUAUUCCCUUUGUUGUACCCAAAACUCAAGUAAUAGAACACAUUACCAAGCUUAUAACCAUCAAUGAAGCAGUAGUAGACACCAGUGAGAUUGACAGCGUAAAGCCCAGGCGCUCUUCUCUGUCAAGGAAAAAUAGCCUUGAGUCAACUAAAUCGACUACCACCAAAGACCCACACAUGUUUGAUACCAAGGCAGAAACCCCUGGUCCCAGUGGCUUAAGGCAACUUCAGAAUCCAGAGACAGAAUCACAAGUCACUCCAGCAUUGUCAACAGUGCCCUUUCUCAGAAGCCGCUCGAUGCCAUCAUCCACCAGCCAGUUAGAGUCCUCUUCAUCUGGAAUCAGGUCUAACAGAGGCUACCGUCUCUGCCAGUCGUUUGAUGAGCAGCAGGCCAUUACAACUGAGAUUAAUAUUGGUCAUGGCCACCGUAUGCUGAGGCGACAGCCUGCCAUAGAGGUUCCCUUGGGAGCUGAACUCAUGUUGGAGGAGACUCCCCCCAACUCCUCCUCUUCAGCCACUGGCACUGACACAGCCAGACAUCCAGAACAACAAAGUACUAUAAACCCAUUUGAAUGCAAAGUAUGUGGAGCAUGCUUCCAGCAUGGUGACAGCUACAGGGCCCACAAAGGUGUGUGCAUAGGGCAGCAAACACUGGAACAGGAGAGUGGGGAUGCAAGUAAGACCUCCAGAGAGGAUCGGCCUCAAAUGAUGCACUAUAAGUUCAGAGCACUGGCUAUGGCUGUGAGGAAGAGGAGGAAAGAGGAGAGCAUAGAAGAGGAUCUUCCAAGUCCUGGGUCUGGACCCAUGUCAGGGAGUUCUGCAGUCAUCAUUCCGGCGGCAGGUCCACAAGAAGACAGUCAGGCACUCUCAGGUGGUCCUGGACAGACGGAGCUGGGACAGCCGCAACAUCGAGAUAGGAAGGGUGUGUCUGUAAUCCAGCACACAAGCUCCUUCGAAAAGCAGGAGACGCUCUCCUUGGAAAGUGAGGGAACAGACGUCAAAAAGGUUCACCAAGCACAACAACCUCAUCCAAAACCGUCACCUUCUACAUCUCGCCUCAUCCGCCAGCCUAACAUCCAAGUGCCAGAGAUUCUUGUCACAGUGGAGCCUGAUGCCGACAUGCCAUCCGUGUCACCACCAGCGACUGCAUCUUCAUCUAAGGAGGCAGACAGAGUGGAGGAAUUUCAGUGGCCUCAACGUAGCCAGACUCUUGCUCAGCUCCCUGCAGAGAAACUGCCCCCAAAGAAGAAAAGACUCCGCUUAGCUGAGGCAGCGCAAUCCUCUGGGGAGUCCAGCUUUGAGUCUGUGUCCCUCCCUCGCAGCCCCAGUCAGGAGAGCAGCAUGUCCCACACUUCAAGUCUUUCUGCUUCUUUUGAGGAUGCAACAAGAUCAGAGCCUGCCGUCCGGGGCACCAGUAGCCAAAGCACCCGAAUGUUGACUGUGCCAUCUACUUCCCAACAACACAACCAAAGCCACAAGGAGAUGAGGCGUUCAGCUUCAGAGCAGGCCCCUCAGAAAGCAGAGCAGGUCUCAGAUAACAGAAGUAAAUCUUUUGACUUGGGAUCCUUGUCCUCUCAGCAGUCAGCCUCCUCCUGGAAAGAACGGCGAAAAUGUCUCCUUGUGAAGCACGCAACCUUAGGGGAACCCGAGCAAGAGGAGGGGGCCAGCGUGGGUCAGUUGUCCAGAGCAGAGAGUCCAAAGGCCGGCCCUUCCCACUCGAGCUAUCCUCUUUUCUAUUCCAGCUCCAACUUCAACCCGGAGGACACAGGGAGUGUCUUGCAGUUGUUACAGCCACAGAGCCUCCCUCGAGAUAUGCUUCCUUCGCAUGAAAGCGUCCAACAAACAUUACCUCCGGGACCUCUGUCGCAGCUACUCCCAGUCACCACAGUCUCCCAGUUCAUGAACAGAUCCUUUUUACAUUCUCAAACUGUUCAACCUCUACACGUACACCCAAUGCAGAUCCACAUGGCUGAACACAUGGGUAUACCACUCCACCAACUUCCUGCUUUAGUUCCUGUCCAGUUUCCCUUCAGUGUGAGUCAAUCUCUGUACUUGCCUGCCACACCAUUACAUUCCACACACGUUAUAGCCCCUCCUUCCACAGAGGGAAGCGCCUCUUACCCCUACCCACACCCCCUCAUUGCCACAUGUGUGACACAGCUUGAACCAUCGGUGUCUCUUGUGGUGCCAGUCCGCCUCCAAACCCAUAUACCUACCUAUACACGUGCCAUGUACACCUCCGUGUCCCAAAUCCUGACCUCUGCUUGUCCACAGGACCCCAUUUUUUGCACAACCAUGGGCAAAAUGGAACGGCGCAAGUUACAGAGGUCUUAUUUGAAGGUCCCCUCACCGGACAUUAAGAUUCACAUUCCUGGAGAACUGCAGUCACCUUCUGUCGAGGAAUAUGGUCCACUUGGAGCCGGAGGGAGUAAACGUAUGCUCUCACCUGCAGCCAGUCUUGAGCUCAGUACUGAGGCCCAACGUCACCAGAAAAGGGUAAAAGAGGAAGCGGAAGGCGAGCCACACCAGCCUGAAGUAGAGGUGGAGGAUGUAGACAAAAAGGUACCCAAGGAGGGAGUAAGUAAACUUGGCGGGGAACAACUGGAAGAGGUCGAGAAGAAAAAAGAGAUACUAAAGGUAACACCUGUAAAAGAGGAAGGACAGCUGGGUCCAAGGCAAAGGGAACUUAGCAGGGAGGAAAAACAGGUGGAAGAGUCCACUGUGAGAAGUCAAAAGGAGGAGGAGCCUCCAGUUAGGGAGAAGGGGAUUGAGAGAGGAAACACCCGUUCACACCCGAGCCUCCACACGUCAACCUCUGUGAACUGGUGCUACCUGAACUAUGUCAAACCCAACCCAACUGCACAGAGGGACCCUCACAACUCAGUUUAUUCGACCUGGAAUGUCAGCGGACACAACCCAAACUUGCCAGGUGUCAGCACGAAGGUGGCCUUGUCUCUGCUGUGCUCCAAACAGAAGUAUAGCUCAGAGACAUACACCAUUGCCACGGCUCCGAACCCAGCCAAAAUUGAAAAUCCCCCUGCAAGUAGCAGCACCCCACGAAUGUCAGAGGUACAUCCCAUCACAGACUCUUCCUCCACUGAUGUAACAGAUCACCAGCAUGAAAAGGAGGAGAAUAAAGAGACGAGGGAAGAGGAGGAACCUUCCACCUCGAAACAGGCUGAAACAUCUCGUGUUCGCAUCUUUGAAGGCGGGUAUAAGUCUAACGAAGAGUAUAUUUACGUUCGAGGGCGUGGCAGAGGAAGGUACAUAUGUGGGGAGUGCGGCAUCCGCUGUAAGAAGCCCAGCAUGCUGAAGAAGCACAUCCGAACACACACUGAUGUCCGUCCGUACAUUUGCAAACACUGCAACUUUGCCUUCAAAACCAAAGGGAACCUUACCAAACACAUGAAGUCAAAAGCUCAUGGGAAAAAGUGCCAGGCAAUGGGAGUGUCUGAACCAUCGGCGGACGAGCCAGAAAGCGAGGAAACAGGAAGCGAAGAGCGGGCGUGUUACUCUGAGGAACAGGAAGAGCACCAGUUUUCCAACGCGGAGGAUUCGGAGGACGAUGAUGACGAUGAAGAUGAUGACGACGACGAUGAGGAAGAGUCUCACGAUGACCCUCCUUCCUCCUGCUCGCCGGACACUGUCGCGUCGGCCAAAUGCAGCGGGCGCUCUCGGCAGUGCGCUCCGGAGCCCGAGGGCCUCAGUCCCAGUCCGGGCCAGGAGGCCUCCCAGAGGGGGGCUUCGCACGGUAGACGAGCCGCCUCGCCGGGCAGCAGGAGAGCUCUGUUCUCCCGACGGAGCUGGAAGGCAUCACCGAGAGCCUUCUCCCCCAGCAGUGAGAGCUGUUCUCCCAGCCACAGCCUCUCCCCACGCCUGGAGCUGUCCUCCCCCAUGCACAGUCUGUCGCCGAGAGCAGAGCUACCCUCACCCGGCCGUCAAGUGUCCCCCUCCCCUGAAAGAGGACAGUCUCCCAUCAGACCCGUCUCUCCGCUUCGUCCCGUCUUGCCAGGCUGCUACAGGUCAUCGCAAGCUAGGAUGCCACCCUUGCCGGUCGGAGUGAAGCAGAGGACGCUUGGGUGCCUUCCUUGGGAACACCACGGCACAAAGGGCAGUCAUACGAAAGGGGACAAAGGUGGCACCACAGGGGAUGGGUCUCCAUUGUCAGACACCUUGUUCCCGUCAGCUUUUCGCCUUUCCACGUGCGAGGGUUAUCCCAGCCACCGGGCAGCAGACAACAUCUUCAGCCAUCUUCCCAUGCACUCCCAACAAACCAAGGUCCCCUAUCUGAUGAUUCCCAUCGGAGGGAUUCAAAUGGUACAGGCAAGGCCAAGGUCCAAUCCUUCCACCCCUUUGUCCCCGAUUUCUCCUUCCGCAGAGGGGCCGUCGCCGGCCAGGUUUGACUCAUUCUGGGGCGGGACCCCAGGACCUCAAGGGAGGAGGACUCCUGGAAGUGACUGGUCAGCAGACUACCAGCCGGCAGGAGGCAGCCAGUCAGGACAGUGCAGUGUUAGUGCGCAAGUCAUGUGUUCCAAACUGGAGUUGGAGGCCACGGACUCAAAGCAAUAUGGCAGCUCACAAAGCUCCGCCCACACGUGCAGGCGUGCUACUGAGUCGAGCGUACGUCGCGUUGAUGACGGACCCUCGGAGGGAUCCUUCAGUCUAGCGGCCCCUGUAUCUUUGCGCCUGAUUGGACAGCAGCCGGAGGGUGAAGGCAGAACUACAGCGGAUGCAGCUAGAGAAGAACAUAGCACCUAAUUUGAUGCAUCUCCAACUUGCUUUAUCACUUGCUACAUUCGUCUUGUUUUACACUUGCUUUCUUUUUGAUACAGUUUUCAAUACUAUUGUUAACUUAAAUGUUUGUUCUUUGGCAAUAUUCAGGUUUGUCAUAAAAAAAUGCACUUUUUUUUCUUUGUGAAAAUAAUGUUUCUGUAAAUGUAUAUAUAAGAAUUAUAUAUGAUCAUACCCUUCCUGUAUCUCUAUUGAUACUGGUAAUCCUACUGUCUGUUUGAAUGUGUCAGAGUAAUACGAACAUGUGUAAAUGACCAAAAUCUUAAAUCAAAAACAAUUACAAUUUUGUUUUUUGGUUUUUUUUCCCCCCUCCCAGUAUUACUCCAAUUAUAGUUACUUGUGCCUUUUCUGUCAAGGUUUAUGUUUUGAGGUGUAUAGUACAGAUAGAAAAUGGGAAGGCUGUGAAAUUUUAUAUUGGACUUUUGUGUCGAUAAGGAAGAUUUAUAUUCGGUGUUCAGUUUUGUUCUUAAUACUGUUGCUUUAAUUCCAGGGUCACAGAGCGUCACAUGGAUGAUAUGUUGAAGGAGCAGCAGAAACCCGUCAAAGGAAAUGCACUGAAGUUCUAUUUUUUAUUGUAAGAGACUUUGGAUGAGAUAUCUCUUUACAGGGGAGAGCGCUCCUUAUUUAUUGCUAUUUGAUGACAAUGAUAGUUGUUUCAGAGUUGUUGUUGUUUUAUUUUGUACUCUUUGUUAAACGGAAAAAAAAACUGUUUGUUUUCUUACUUUUUUCAUGAUGUUCAAGCGAUUUGAAUUGGGGAUAAAAAUGAGGGAUGGAGUUCGACUGGUACCGGCAGAUCAAGUGCCCUGCAAAUUUCACACACAACAAAAUUUGCAGUCAUUGGAAAAAAUAAAAAUAAAAAAUAUAUAUAUAUAUAUUACACCAAA